AUGUGUCGGGCGGAGGUCUACGAGCUAGAAGAAGCUCCUUCGUCUGACGAGUCAGAUGGUGAAGAGCAAGUGCUAGGAUACAGCGCGGCGACAGACGGCGUUCGUGCCACGUUAGCUCGGGACAACGUCCGAAUUUCCAUCACCGACGCAACCUUCGCCACGCUCUAUUACGACCAGGAAUGGAUCUUCGACUUGUGGGACAGUGUCGAUGAUACUGUAUACGAGUCGCUAAGUUGGGAUGACGCCGAGCACGCAACGAUUUUAAUCGGAAAUUGGAUCCACGGUCACAGGAAUAACCUCCCGGUGAGGCUAUACGACGAGCUACUGGACGUCGUACUACGGCGUUCUGCGCUUCGCGACAUUGGGCCAACGGUUGCGAUCCGACGGUGGAUUAGGUCCAUCGUUGAAUACCUCCGCGACCGGGAUUUCGAGAACUUCUGA